AUGCCUCCAUCAACGCCGCAGCAGUCCAAGAAGGUGAUGCAGAUGACGCCAGGCAAAAAGCGGCUGAAACAGGCGACUCUGAUGUCGUUCUUCAAGAAGGGCAUGGGCGGCACGUCGCCAGCGGCAGGCGCAGAGCCGCAGCGGGGCGCGGCGGUGGAGACGUCGACACCGUGCAAGGCGGAGCAGCUGCAGCUGUUCGUGGAGGACGCAUCAGACGAGGGCGAGACGACGUUUGUGACGGCACACGACGACGGGGCGGUCAAGGAGGAGGGCGCAACGCAAGUGGAGUCGCAGGGCAGCGCGCGGCGGCGGCGGUCGGUGUCGUACGCGGAGGAGAGCGACGACGAGGACGUGGUGGCGGUGCGGCGCAAGACACGGCGGAUGGCGGGGGACGACGAGGAUGCGGAGUUUGUGCCGGAGCGUGGCGGCGGCGACAAGGACGCGUCGAUGCUGCUGGAGGACGACGACGAUAUUCUGGAGCUGGCGGCGAAGCCGCGCACGGCACAGCCGCGGCGGCCCGCUCCGCCGCCGGCGAGGCGGCCGCCCGCGGUGCGCCCGGUGCGGGACGUGUCGCCGGGCAAGCACUCGAACUUCAGCAAGAACAACGAGGAGCGGUACCAAUGGCUGGUCGACGAGCGCGACGCGGCCGGGCGGCCGCCAUCGGACCCGGAGUACGAUCCGCGGACACUGCACAUCCCGGCGCAGGCGUGGGCUCGGUUCACGCCGUUUGAAAAGCAGUACUGGCAGAUUAAGUCGAAGAUGUGGGACUGCAUUGUGUUCUUCAAGAAGGGCAAGUUCUUCGAACUUUAUGAGAAGGAUGCACAUUUGGCCAACCAACUGUUUGACCUUAAGAUUGCGGGCGGCGGGCGCGCAAACAUGCAGCUAGCCGGCAUUCCCGAGAUGUCCUUCGACUACUGGGCGUCGCAGUUCAUACAGCACGGGUACAAGGUUGCCAAAGUAGAUCAGAAGGAGUCGAUGCUGGCGAAGGAGAUGCGCGAGGGUAAUAAAGGGAUUGUGGAACGUGAGCUGCAAUGCGUGCUCUCCGGUGGUACUCUGACGGACCUGAAAAUGCUCCACUCGGACCAGUCCACGUACUGUCUUUCCAUCCACGAGGCACCGCUUGCUCUCUAUGCGAUGGAGCGGGGUGAAGCAGUGCCGCCAGAAGCCCAGCAACAGGGGCGGCUAUUUGGCACUGCAUUUAUCGACACAGCUACAGGCCGGAUAUGCCUUCUUGAGUUUGAAGAUGACAGCGAGUGCACCCAACUGGACACCCUAAUGGCGCAGGUCAGGCCCAAGGAAGUCGUUAUGGAGAAGCGCAAUCUCUCUGUAAUUGCACAUAAGAUUGUCAAAUUCAAUUCCCAGCCGGAUUGCAUCUUCAACUAUCGCACCUCGGCGGAGUUUUACGAUUACGCCCGCACAUUUGAUGAAGUAUCCAAUGGCGGAUAUUUUGCAGGCAUGGACUCGUGGCCAGCCAUUUUAAAGCAAUACUAUGACCAGGGUAAAAAGGUGGGUUUUAGCGCUUUUGGCGGACUGCUGUCAUACUUGCAAUGGUUGAAACUGGACAAAUCUCUGCUAUCGAUGGGAAUGGUGGAGGAGUAUAACCCUCUAAAAGCACAGACAUCGCUUGUUCUUGAUGGUAUCACGCUCCAAAACUUGGAGAUUUUUGCCAAUUCAUUUGAUGGGACAGAUAAAGGGACUUUAUUCAAGUUAGUGAACCGAGCCAUUACUCCCAUGGGAAAACGGCAAAUGAGGACUUGGGUCAUGCAUCCGCUGCUACGAAAAGAACACAUUGAAGAGCGUCUGGAUUCUGUAGAUCAGCUGUUAAAUGAGAUGCCGAUACGCGAUCUCUUGGAAUCCUCCUUAACUGGGUUACCUGAUUUAGAACGACUACUGGCGCGGGUACAUUCUGGUAACUUGCCUAUUAAAGAUUUUGACAAGGUGAUUUGUGGGUUCGAGAACAUAGUACGAUUGAUAUCAUCUCUGAAUGAGUAUGAGCUGUCUGGUUCACUUUCCAGGUUCUUACAUGAUAUACCAUCGACCCUCAAAUCCGACGUCGAAUCUUGGACUACCCUUUACGAUCGCAAUAUGGCCGUUAGCGAGGGGAAAGUUGUACCAAAUGCCGGGGUGGAGCCUGAUUUUGAUGUUUCCCUGUCCAAAAUGCGUGCUUUGGAAGAAGAAUUGGAUGCUGUCUUGAGUGAGUACAAGAGGUCUUUUAAAUGUUCUAAAAUCCAAUAUAAGGAUUCUGGGAAAGAACUCUAUACGAUAGAGCUACCCAUCUCAAUUGCAAAGAGUGUGCCAUCUAAUUGGACCCAACUGGGAGCUAACAAGUCUACAAAGCGUUACUAUUCUCCAAAGGUACAGAAGUUAGCGCGCUCUAUGGCAGAAGCAAGGGAGCUUCAUAAGAUACUUGAAGAAGGCUUAAAGGGUAGACUAUAUCAAAAAUUUGAUCAAAAUUUUUCGACUACUUGGUUCCCUACUAUUAAGGCCAUAUCGAAUAUUGAUUGUAUCCUAUCUCUGGCGCGGACUUCCGAAUCUCUAGGAUUUCCUGCUUGUCGGCCGAAUUUUAAGGAUGAGAUCGACCCAACCACAGGCCACAAGCUAAACGGUUAUCUGUCUUUCAAAGAGCUGCGGCAUCCUUGUUAUAAUGCAGGUGUUAACGGUGCCACUGAAUUCAUUCCUAACGACGUGCACCUGGGUAAAAGUACUGCCCAAAUUGCUCUGUUAACAGGUGCUAAUGCGGCGGGAAAAUCCACUAUUUUGAGAAUGACAUGCAUAGCUGUAAUUAUGGCUCAAUUGGGCUGCUACGUUCCUUGUGAAGAUGCAGAGUUGUCGCCAAUGGAUCGAAUCAUGACUAGACUUGGUGCCAAUGAUAAUAUCAUGCAAGGAAAAUCCACUUUUUUUGUGGAACUGAGUGAGACAAGGAAGAUUUUAGAUAUGGCUACCAAUAGAACCCUAAUUGUCCUAGACGAACUAGGUAGAGGGGGAUCUUCCAGCGAUGGUUUUGCGAUAGCAGAAGGUGUGCUUCACCACAUUUCAACACAUGUCCAGAGCUUAGGGUUCUUUGCGACGCACUAUGGAACCUUAGGUCAAAGUUUUACGCACCACCCUAUGGUCAAGCCACUACAAAUGGCCAUUCUGGUUGAUGAGGGUUCUAAAAAAGUGACAUUUUUGUACAAACUAAUAGAGGGACAGAGUGAGGGUUCAUUCGGAAUGCAUGUCGCAGCUAUGUGCGGAAUUCCUAGAUCAGUGGUAGAAAACGCAGAAAGGGCAGCUGAAAGCUUUGAACACACAUCCCGGAUACUGAAGGAGCGGAAGAGGUAUAUUAAUGACGAGCAUGUUGUACCUUUAGGCUUACAAAGUGAUUUUGUCAGAUUGGUGUUCGGCGAUGGACUGAAGAAAACUGCCCUUGGGUCAGGAGAAGGCGUUAAAUAUUAUGAUAAAAGAAUUAAAGCAAAUGUUCUCAGAAAUAUUAUCUCUAUGGUGGAUGGCCUUAAUGAAAACUAA